GUUUAGAUGAUAACAUUGAAUUAAAAAAUGAUGUUUGGUUUAUUAAUAAUUAUACAGAAGACGCAAAAAAUUUAGUAAUAGAAAAUUAUAGUGACUUCAAGUUAAUACAGAAAGAAAAGACUGAUUCCCAUUCCACUUCCGUAGAUAAAACAAUGAAGACUGAUAGUAAAAAUACGAUGAUAAAUUCGAAAACGAAAGUUCAAGAAAAAGAUAUCGAAAACAGUGGAAUAAGUGCGCAAAAUAAUAAUAAUGAUAGCAAGGAAAUAUUGAAUGAAUACAAAAAAGAUCUACAGUCACUUUUGAUAAUGAUGGCAAUUAAUAAAAAUACCGAUGCUGUUAUAGAAUCUGAUAAGGAAACUUGUAUAACAAAUAGGAGUUUAUUACACCAAAGCAAUCAUAAGCCUGACAUUGAAGAACAAUCUUCAGAUAGAGAUUUAAAUAAAAUUCUAUACAUCACACCAGCAGUCACAAAAAUUCGUGAACGACAAAAAUAUUUAAGCAUGAAAUACACGAGAUUAUGGAGAAUCUAUGUUAAUAAAAAGAAGGAAAUUCGUAUGUACGAACAAAGACGAGAAACGUUAAAUAUUUUUUUUGAAAAACUAGCAAAGAAAAAAUGUAAUGUGAAUAAUAAUGAAUCGGAGUUAGUGCAAAAAUCAAAGAUUCUUGUACGAGAUUAUAACACCUAUCAACACCGUUAUAAGGUACAAAAACAUAUCAUAGCAUUGCAAAAAGCAAAACUAGAAGAACAAAACAAAUUGAUAGAACAACUCAAAUAUAAUAAAAUUGUUGACGCAUCACAACAGUCCUUGAUCACGAUGAAGGAAGACAUUCGAAGGACGUAUUACGAAAUAGACAAACAUCUCAAACCAAAAAUUAAAAAUCUAACAAACGAGCUGAAAAUUAAAGAAUUUGAAGAACCAUCUCUUAUAUUGCAUUGUUUAAAAGUACCUCAGUUUCUUCAAAGAAUGGAAGCCAGGGCGAGAGAACGUGAAGAGAAGCAUGCCUUGAUAAGAGAAAGAAGACAGCAAAUAGAAGAAGAACGUAUUCGUCUCAAACAACAGGCGGAAUUAGCGAAACUAGAAAUGGAUAGAGAAGAAAAAUUAAAAAGAAUUAAAGAGUUGAAAGACAAGCGUAAAAGAGAGAAAAUUGAAAAUAUACGUAAGAAACAACACGCGGAAAGAAUGAGAGCUCUAAUGGUGAUGGCAGAUUUACAUUACGAAAGAAAUUUGAUGGCAAAAUAUGGCAUCCGGCCAUUGAGGUAUUUAAUGGAAAUAAAACAGGAUAAUAUCGAAAAAGCGAAAAGACAUUAUAGAUUCCAGUUGUUAAAGAAUUUGUUUUUACAUUGGAUGUGGUAUACGGAAGACAAGUGGUUUGAAAGGAAUUAUAAAGCGGAAGAAUUCUAUAGAAAGAAAAUAUUAACCAAAAUCUUUAAUGGUUUUAAAAUGAAUCAUCACGAAUAUAUUCUGAAAAAACAAGUGGCCGAAGAUUAUUACGAUUUAUAUGUUAUAAAUUUGAUUUUCCGAAAAUUCCGAGACGGCAUAAGAGUUAUAAGGCAAGAAAACGAAUUUAAAUGGAAAAAAGCUGUAGUCUAUCACAACAGCAAUAUAUUAUUCAAAACGUUUACUUGCUGGCGUACGUUACCCGCUUUGAACGCUUUGAAAAGAGAACAGGAAGUAAGAAAGUUAAGAUGGAGGGAGAAAGUAUUAUUAGUUGUUCCAGAUUAUUGCCCGCCCGAUGAUUAAACAUAAAAUUUAUGUUUCAGUAUAAAAGCUUAAAUAAUGAUACUAUUUUGAUGCUAUGCCUAAUUAGUAAUUACUUUUAAGUUGAAAUAAAACGCGCCACGAGUUUAUAAUUAUGAAGUUUAUGUUCGCUUUCUAAGGUAUACCUUUAAAGACUAGUGGAAUGGUAAAAAAAAGUAGACUUAAGGCGAAGUGGAGUUUAAAAAAUAUAUACAAUUACUCUUACUUGAAAUAACGAUGUAUUGACAAUGAACUUUUAUGGUUUCUAAAAAUAUCGAAAUCUCCGGAGGCUUCAUAAUUUUUUUUCAUUAUGUCCAAUGUCUAUAAAAAAUUCGAUAGCUUGGGGAAAAUAAUACAUUGCAACAAAAAAUGCCGUAGUACUACAGCAAUCCUAUAUGUAUAUGACAUUACAGCUUUUCUUUAUCUAGCGAAAUUAAUAAGCUGUAUAUAAAAUAAACUUAUAGUUAUUAAUUGAAUUUACUUACAGCUAAUUGUCUGAUAUUUAUUUUACAUUACAUUAUUGUGCACAUGUAUUGACUAUUGAGUAUCUAUAUUAACUUUACAAUAGUAAUUUGAAGGUAUCUGG